UGCUAGACAGGUUGGAGCAGCAGCAUUGCGAGAAGUGCGUUGGUAGACGAGAGUGCGGCCUACGUUUGUCGUUUUGAGUUAGGAUUCUCAAAAUAGGCACGCGCACUACCCUUCAUACUAUGGUAGAUGUCGUAAAGGAUACGACCCACACCGCGGGAAACGGACAUAACAUAGCGGGAGUCGACGACCAGCGAGUGAGGUGGAGAUGGACUCCAGGAAAGGUGUAUCACUGGGUGCUGGCGUUCGGUGCCAUUGCGUACGCCUUGUGGCGGUUCGCCACCAACGAAGAAAAUGACUUUAUACUCCACCAUAUGCGGACUUCCUUCGAUGACAGCCCAUUUGGCCUGAAGCAAAAGCAGGACAAUCAAAACUGGGAAUGGCGGACAACGACGUACGUCAUGGCCACCGGGUGGAAGUGGUACCUGCUGCAUCCUGUGCUUGCCCGGAUAACAGCCCACGUGGCACCUUCGCUGGUGCCAGUCUUCUACGCUGUCUACUCCUCGCUGUUCGCGACCUUCACCUUCGGCUGGGAGGUGGCGCUGCUGUUCCUCGUGCAACACACCGCCUUCUACCUCACGGCUUCGCUGGGCAGCACAGCACUGUGCUACGUGGCCGCCCUCGUGAUUCACUGCCAAAAGUUCUUUAUACCGUUUGAAGCAUUCCAGUACAUGUAUCCCAGGUAUGGCGUGAUGGUCUACAGGGCAGCAUACGUCACCUUCCACUGGAACAUAUUGCGUGGCCUCAGUUUCGCCGUUGAUAUCGUUCAAGCCGAGCACCGCAAGGACACCGGGGACAAACGACUUAGGUGGCCGCCAUACUGGAAGACGCUCGGUUACAUGCUUUACCAGCCCAUGCUCUACCUAGGUCCUCCACAGAAGUACGACGACUUCAUUACCCAGGCGGAAGGACCGAAACCAAGUUGCACCCUGCGGGAGGUUGCUGUCGUCACCGCGAAGUUGCUACGCAACGGCGCCCACUAUUUACUCAUGGAGCUUAUGGCCCACUUCUUUUACAGUUCAGCAAUGUCCAACUGGGCCUGGAUGGCAAACAGACUGGACUACGCCAGCCUGGCGGGCUAUGCCCUAGCUUUGGAAUUUCAUUACUACGUGAGCUACCUGUUUCAAUACGGCCUCCCCGGCUCUCUGGCCAGCGUGGAAGGCAUCGCGGUACCGGCUACAGCCCCCUGCAUAGCCAGGUUGCACCGGACCUCACGCUUUUGGAGGUACUUCGACCGUGGCAUGCACCUGUGGAUCCGAAGGUACAUCUACGAGCCCAUCAUGAGUGAAACUCGCACCGCCUUCCGCCUGAUUUUAGGCACUGCGAUGGCCUUCACUUUCACCUGCACAUGGCACAGCCUGUACAAGCACCAGGCCAUGUGGUGCGCGCUCAGUGUGCUGGGCAUCGCCCUCGAAGUGGUCACCAUCGAGGCGACGAAGUGGACACCCGUCAAGUAUUUCAAGGAACGCUACCUGGCGACGCCUGAGAGGAUGCGAAUGGCCAAGGCCCUGCUGGGAUCUCCACACUUCUUGCUCACCAUAUGUGCGUGCCUCUUUCACUUGGCAAGCCUGGACACCUGUGUGAGCAUUUGCAGCAGGAUACUAACCGGUUUUCCUUUCCCGAUGGUCCCCAUUUUGGUGGUUAUGUACAGCCUCUGCCAAGUUUCCAUGGACGUUGCCGAGUGGGAAGAGGCGCCUGCCUUGGCUAAGCGGAAACAAGCUUAAUCUUCAUCUACUUAACUGCACUAUGCCCCAAAGUUACCUGAGUCAGCCAUAAUUACUUUGUUUUAGAUCCGAAGCAGCUCUUUGACCAGCCUGUGUAACAAUGUCCCUCCGUGUGUCUGUGCGAAAGCACAGCAACGCGCUCCCCUUACCGCAGGUGUUGGAGUGGUGCAAGGUAGCUCACGCCGCAGCUGCGAUUUGACGUUACGAUCGACUUACAGUGCGCGCUGACGUCUUUCUCCCGCAACACCUUCCGCAACCACCACUCACAACACCACCGACUUGUCAGUUCAUGUGCAAUAAACCUAACGCGCACCUAACGUA